AUGGCGUACCUCGACCCCUGGAACGAAAAAGCGCAGUAUGUGCUCCUCUCCAUGAACAAAAGGCGUGUGCUCACCAGUAAUAGCUACUUCAACAACCCCAAAUUCUCCGACAUCACCAUUCAUUUCAGUGGCCAUGAAGUCAAAGCGCAUAAGGUCAAUCUAGCGUCGCACUCGGGCUACUUCCGCAAGAUGUUCGAGAGCGAAUCUCUAGAUGGAUCGGCGAAGGACAUCUAUCUGUACGAAGACGACAUGGAAGCAGUGUUCGGGAUGCUAGCGUACUUCUACGGUUGUUUGUAUCACGGACAGGGAAGUCGCGGAGAGCCCAGUAUCUCUGCAUACACGACUGGAGUCGGCAGGAUCUCCGGGAAGACACACAGAGAGCACCUCAAGUACCUGCUGAAGCUCCACGGGGUCGCAGACAAGUAUGGAGUGUCGGCACUGAUGCGCGUCAUUAAGGACGAGUUUGAAAAAGGUGCACAGCAACUGCAAGCGCGAUACACUCCCUUCGGAAACGAGCGUUGUGCGGAUGAGCUCGUGUCCAUCUUCGCUCAGCUCGCCACGCUCCUUUAUCAUUCGCUAGGAGGUGCGACAGACGAGCUACGACGGGUUCUUGCCGAAGCGGUUCAUGAGCGCACACUCGAGCUCGUGGACAACGAGAAAUACAGACGUAUGGUGAGGGAUGUACCAGAGUUCUCUGUUGAUUUGCUGGAACUGGCCACCUCUGCUAUGAAGAACCUGGGUCUGCAAGUGACCAAGACGGCUGUUGCGCAGAACGCUUCUUCUCGCCCGCAACCGGUACUUCGAAAAGUGUACUACAACAACUAA